GUGUUUGUCAAAAAUAAGCAGUGCGCGAUAAUUUCUCAAUUUUCCACAAUUUCCUGCUGAAAUUCGAUCGAAUGGAUGAUGAAAAUGAGUUAUGCAGAUAUGGAACACCUUUGGAUCCCAUUGAAGAGGAUCAAGUGCCCUCGAAGAAGCCCAUCACGAAGGAGGAUCAGAUCGCCGUGGACGCGAAUGGGCGCCGGAGAUUUCACGGGGCCUUCACUGGUGGCUUCUCGGCUGGCUUCUGGAACACUGUUGGCUCACUGGAGGGAUGGAAACCGCAGACGUUCAAGAGUUCCCGCCGCGAGAAGGCCGAGAAAGUCGUGCAGAGCAUCGAGGAUUUCAUGGACAGCGAGGACACGGGUGAGUUUGGAAUUGCGCCGCAGCGCAUCCAGGCGCAGGAUGACUUUGCCGCCGGCUCUGGCCAGAAGCGCACGCACAGUGUGGCUUUCGCGUCGAAUGCCGAGGGCGUGCUGCAGAAGCUGAUGACGCCCUCGAGGGACAACAUCGGGACGCGGCUGCUGCGGAAGAUGGGCUGGCGAGAGGGACAAGGCGUGGGCGUGCGGCUGUCGAGGCGUGCCAAGAAGCAGGCGCAGCGACAGCACAGGAAGGAGCAGCAGCUGGCGCGACGCUACGGAUGCGACGUGGGACCGCUGAAUGUCGCGCAAUCCGAGGAGGAAUCCAGUUCUGGCGAUUCAGACUGCGAAGUGACCUUCGCUCCGGACGAUUUCGACACUUUCACGGUCUCGCCGAAGGACAAUGUGUUCGGCUUAGGGUAUUCUGGGCUGGCCAGGACGCCAGUGCUGGCGAAGCAGAGACAGAACGCGGACACUUUUGCUGUGAUGGGAAAGAACAACAGGAAGAUGAUGAUUUCGGGGAAGGGAUUCGGCGUGGGUGCGCUGGAGGAUGAGGAUGAUGAUAUCUACACCAGGGAUGACAUGACGCAGUAUGAUUUCUCGCUGGAGGACCAGAAGAAGCCCACGAACUCGCGAAUGAGGCAAGAUAGAGUGCAAUUGGGUGUUCUUGAGGGCUUCAUUGCCACUCAGGACGCAGCUUCUGGGAAGUUUUCGACCAGGAUCUUCAGAAUUGAUCUGCCGAGAGACUUUCAGCCCAAGAAUUUUCUCGUGCGCAGGAGCAGAUUUGCUCCUUUGCCGCCCGAAGUGGAGCAACAGCUGAAGGAGAAGCCAAAGAGUGACAAGAAAUCCUUGAGCGACAGCAGUGAACGGUCAAAGGCUCCGGAAGUUGUGCCAGCAACACCUCGGCAACAUAAACUCUUUGCCUAUGACAGUGCGAAGCAGGAGAGAUUCGAGAAAUUCCUCCUGGUCAGCAAGGAUGCCAGUGAGGAGACGAUAAAAGACUUCUUCAGGGACAAUCAGCCGCUGCACGUCGCGCAAUUUGACCGGCAAACGGAGCAGAGGGAAUUCCUGCAAGCCAGACGGAUGCACAAGCCUCUGGCGGAUCUUAUGUCGGACAGAUUUGUGUCAGAAGGUGCGCCAGAGCAGGUCCAGGAAGCGCCUGAAGAGCCGCCCGCGAAGACUGAAGGGCCGGAGGAGCGGAGUUUCUACAGCCGGCGAGUGAAGACGACGUGGAAGCCCGAUCCGCUGCUGUGCAAGAGAUUCAACGUGCCAGAGCCAUUUGGUGGGACGCUUGAGAAGGAGAAGAAGUCCAAGAAUCGGAAGAGUUCAAACAUCUUCGAGUGCUUGAGGGAUCCAAUGAGUCAGAGGAUUGACUUCACGGCGUCGAAGAACCAGGAAAUGCCCAAGGAGGAAGUCAAGAUGGUUGAAUCUGUGCAACCUGUGAUUGUUCAGCAGAAGAAGGUGGAAAUCCCGCGGGAGGAAGUGAAGGAGGCCAAGGAAGCUCCGCCGCCGAUAAAGCGACAGAAGAAUGAACUGGAAAUGGCAGUUUUGGAGGCGAAAGACAAGCAUCCGGCGGACAAGAAGGAUCUCUUCAGGGCCAUCUUCGAGGACUCCGACGAGUCAGAAGAUGAAAAGGAGGAAGCGCCUCCUCCGCCGCCCAAGGAGGACGUGAAUCCUCUGAGGAAUCCGUCAGAGCCCAAAGGGAUCUUCUCGAAGAUCCUCUUCGUGAGACAAGCGGCGGAGAAGAAGAAGGAAGAGCAGCAGAAAGUCAUUCAGGAAGUGCAGGAAGAAGACAGAACUGAAGACGCUGAAGAGGAGGUUUUUGGCCCUAAACUGCCUCCAAAGGUUUCCCAGCCGUCCAGAAUUGUGAGAUCAUUCGAAAGUGCUGAGAAGGAAAAGAGGAAGAAGGAAAAGUGGGUGGAAAAGGAGGAAAUCGAGAGGAAGAAGAGGAAAAAGGAGAAACACAAGAAGGAAAAGAAGUCUAAGAAGAGCAAAAAGAAGCACAAGAGCAGAGAUUAGAAGAGAAAGCAAAUUGUUAAGUGAAUAAUAAAGAGUUUUAUGUUUUAUGAGAAAAAUUUAAAUUCUUGAAUUGGAUUUUCACUAGAUGUGUCUAUGGGACAAUCGAGACAGGAGGCAGGAAAUGUCGUCUGCCAAAUAGACUGAUUUG